CCGGAAAUGACGCGGGAGAGGGAGUUAAACAAAAAAUAAAAGAGCGAUAAUUGUUAUUGUUAGCUUGUUAGCUAGCAGCUGAGCUCGACCGAUGGGGAUAUGACAGAGUAAUAACGUCUUAUUACAUGUGCACGAUUCAGUUAUUACAAACGUAAAGUGUCUGGUGACAUUGCUGCUAAACCCUGACACUAAUCCAACAUAUGUCUGGGCUCUGAGAUGGAGAACGGAAACAGGACUGAUGCUGCUUCCACAUCCAAGAGCCACGCAGCCUCCCUCCACCUGCAGACUCCAAAAAACGAAGAUGCUUAUGAAAUAGCCAUCCCCUAUGAGGAGAGCAACUUUGAGCAGCAAGGCUUUUUCAACCAGAGUGAUCAGACUUUUGAAGAUUCGCCGCCAGCCGCUGGUCCGUCUCCCGUCAACAACUCAUACAUGGUGAUCACCAACCUGCGCACCCAGCUGCAGAUCUCUCUGGAGAAAAACUCCUGGCUUCAGAAAAGAAUCGAGGACCUGGAAGAGGAGAGGGAUUUCCUCCGGUGCCAGCUGGACCGCUUCAUCUUUUCCACAAAGAGCCAGGGACAGGAGCAGAGUCAGAGCCAGUACAGUAACGGUUAUGAGUCCAGGCGAUUCAACUGGAGGGUACGACGUGAGGAGGAUCGUCCUGCUGAGCAGCAGAAGUCGGCUGGAGAGCAUUUCCCAUCACGCCAGUUUAUCCAGCGAAGGCCUGGUCCUCCAACUAUGGUGCCUUCCAAAAACCACGUCUCCAGUCAGCUUGCCUCUAUGAAUGCUUUGUUCAGCUCUACACAAUCACAGGCCCUCUUGCAAAGCCAUAGCCACAGCAACACCGGUACGACAGCCGGUGGCAGCAGUGGCAACAGUGGUACGAGGUCAUCCAUGAAUGAAAUGAGCGGACAUGGCAACGUAGGUCCAGAUUCCCUUUCACUUCUGGGGGAAUCUGACGAGUACUUGGACCAAGACGGGUACCUUGAGGAGGAGGAAAUGAUAUCAGGGGAAGACGUAAUGCAAGAUACCCUUAACAGCAACAGACACCAGUUAAAGAGAAGGCGAGUCUUCCGAGCUCCUAGAGAGCGGCAGAGAGUGAAAGAUGCUGCUGGAGUGCUGUUUCGCUACAAGAAAAUCCUGCUUACAUACCAGCGUCUGAAAAACAUGUCCAAAGCCUUUCAAAUCCAUGGUGUGGACCGCAACACUGUGGCUUCCACUACACCCAUAGCUGAGCUUCUAUUAGUGGCCCCGGAGAAGGUGGCAGAGGUGGGCGAGUUUGACCCGUCCAAGGAGAAGCUGCUGGACUACGCCCGGCGCUGCUACACUGCCCUGGAUGAGGAGACACUCAGCAGAGUGCAGGCCUUGAAGAAGAAUAACCUGCUCUUGCCCAUCUCCUACAGGUUCAGACACUGAGAUAGAAAAACCACAAAACUUUUAAGCUGGUGGUUGAGAGGAGAGGAGAGGCAGUUGGGUUCAGACCAGCUCACCUCUCAGGCACAGAGAUGUCCAGAGGGAUGAAAUAUUUUAGGAACUCAGCUUCCUGAAUGUGGCCAUUUAGGCUUCAGCUGAGAUCUUUUUGUUUUAUCAGACAAUUCAAGUUCUCAUGUCCCUUUUAUUAUCAACAGUCAGGCAAUUAAAGUUCUCACGUCCGUUUUAUUAUCAACCCAGAGCGGUUGGAGCAAAUUGAUAUUAAAGAUGUGGAAGAUGUUGCAGCUGGAAAGGGAAACUACAUGGCUAUUAUCUAUCAAAGAGCAAAAUGGCAUGUCUGACUUAUUCAGAAUUUCUGACCGAGAAUGUGUCUUUGCUUUUAGGUUUAUAGAAGUACUGCUUUUAAAUGAGUAUAGCCAAUGUUGCUCAAACAUAUUUCGGAGUUUUACCUUCUUUUCAUCCAGAUCAGUUUGAGGCGAGAUGUUCAUUAACUGACUUCUUGGAUCAUUUCAGUUGCUGGCUCCCUAAAUCAUUUAUAAUAUUGGGAAUUUGUAUCACUUUACUUGUGUGCACUUUUGAAACUGACCUUAAAAUAUGGUAAUCAAAAUGUGUGUUAAUAUGAUGCUUCACUCCAUAGAUGUUGCCAUGUUUUUAGGACUUAUCAGUGGUUGUUUUAUAUGUAUAUUGCUCUAUGGGUCUAUUAUUAUUUUUUUUAAUAUUUAUCAUAUCAACUAUUUACACUUGCCUUAAGAAUGUUUUUGUGAUUUUCCUUUAUUUGUCAAAUCAUUUCGAGUUCGCUUUUUCCUUUUUACUUCUACAGACUUAAAGAAAGGAAGAACUCAUGAGACAAAGAGAUAGAUGAGAUUUUGAAGUGACUAUGGUUAACACUAGUUUAAACAUAUUAUGUGGUGAGAAUGCAUUACAACCAUUACUGUGUUUUUUUAUUAAAAAUAAAAAACACAAACAUUGGUGACAUUGUAGGUUUGCCAAUAAUAAGGAAAGUCCCAGUUUUAAAAAUAGUACUGCAGCAUCACUCAUUGUAUCAAGCCUUUUUGUAAUUAUCUGCACAAAAAAUACACUAAACGUAUCUUCUUAUUUUUCUGAUAUUGAGGCUCUUGAAAUGAUUUUGUGACAGUGAUACCUUUUGUAAAAUGUGGUACAGAGCAUUUACACUAAUUAUUACUAAAAUUACUAUUUGUAA